AUGAGAGAGUUCGUAGCAGAGAUCGCCACCAUUGGGCGUCUCAGACAUGCUAAUCUAGUUCGGCUUCUUGGUUACUGUAGACGCAAGGGGGAGCUUUAUUUGGUCUACGACUGUAUGCCAAUGGGCAGUCUUGAUAAGUUUCUCUACCACAAACAAGAACAGAGUCUUGACUGGUCACAAAGGUUCAAGGUUAUCAAAGACGUAGCUUCUGGUCUUUGCUAUUUGCACCAGCAAUGGGUUCAAGUUAUCAUUCACAGGGACAUUAAACCAGCAAACAUUCUUCUCGAUGAAUCUAUGAACGCAAAGCUUGGUGAUUUUGGUCUUGCCAAGCUCUGUGAUCAUGGUAUUGAUCCGCAAACCUCUAACGUGGCGGGUACGUUUGGAUACAUCUCCCCAGAGCUGUCAAGAACCGGGAAGGCAAGCACAAGCUCUGAUGUAUUCGCGUUUGGAGUGUUGAUGUUAGAGAUAGCUUGCGGCCGAAGACCCGUCUUGCCACGAGCAUCUUCGCCGAGCCAGAUGGUUCUUACGGAUUGGGUGCUAGAUUGUUGGGAAGAUGACAUAUUGCAAGUGGUUGAUGAGAGGUUAAAACAUGAUGAUAAUACGUACCUCGAGGAGCAAAUAACAAUGAUUCUGAAGCUUGGCUUGCUCUGUUCGCAUCCGGUUGCUGCCAUUAGACCGAGCAUGUCUAGCGUUGUCCAGUUCUUGGACGGUGUGGCUCAGCUACCUCCUAACUUGUUUGACAUUGUGAAAGCUCGAGAAAUCGUUGGAGGCACUGAAGCCUUUGGUGAAGCAGCUAAGUCUCUUGUGCAGCCUAGUUCGGUCGCCAUGGUGACGUUUACGGAACCUUUUACCUCACAUGGUCGCUAA